CCGUCCUUCCUCCCAGCGAAGCCCUCCUCCUCCUCCUCCGACCCGGGGGUGGCGGGGUUGGGGGGGAGAAAGGCGGCUCGCCGGGGAUGGAGGGGGAGACCACGACGGCGUUGCUGCCGGGCUUCCUCUUCGGCGCCCUCGCUUUCCACCACCUCAGCACCGACUCGGAUUCGGAAGGUUUUCUUCUUGGAGAUGUGAAAGGUGAAGCCAAAAACAGCAUUACCGACUCUCAGAUGGAUGAUGUUGAGGUUGUGUAUACAAUUGAUAUACAAAAGCACAUUCCAUGUUAUCAACUCUUCAGCUUUUACAAUGCAGCUGGAGAACUGAAUAAACCAAUGUUGAAGAAAAUAUUGUCAGGGUGCAAAAAGAAUGUGAUUGGUUGGUACAAGCUCAGGCGUAAUACUGACCAGACAAUGACGUUCAGAGAACAGCUUCUUCACCAGCACUUAAAAUCACACUUAUCAAAUCAGGAUCUUGUGUUUCUGUUACUCACUUCCAACGUAACCUCUUCAAGCUCAUCCACUUACAAACUCGAAUAUGCCUUGCAUAAGCCACAAGAGACGCUUUUUCAGAAAGUGCCAGUAGUUGUAGCCAAUCUAGGAAUGGGAGAACAACAAGGUUAUCGAACUGUAUCUGGUUCCUGUAUCUCUUCGGGGCUUGGUAAAGUGAUGGCAGAACACAGGUCAGAAUUCUUUAAUGAAGAUGGGUCUCUAAAAGAGGUUCAUAAGAUAAACGAAAUGUAUUCUACUUUGCAGACAGAACUAAAGAACCUGUGCAGUAAAGUAGUGGAUAGUGAAAAAUCAGUAGAGAAUCUAUUAUCACAAAUAGAUCAGCUGAGACAAGAAGUAAGAAGCAAAAAAGAACAAAAGAAAACUACAGGAAAGGCUAGAAAUUACUCAGAUGAGCCAAAAGAGAAUAUUUUUCUCUGUCAAGCUUUGCAGCACUUUUUCCCAAAUUCUGGGCUGCAGACAAGCACGGUUACGUUGAAAGGAAGGCAGAUUUCUAAGCAGGGAUGCACUGCUGAUCACAACAUCCAAAUCAUGGACCAAUUAACUUUAAUGAUCAAAGAAAGUAAUUUCCCUGAAACUGAAACGAGGCAGGCGUCGAAGCGAAAAGCCACUGUGAACGCAAGUGGGCCAAAGGCAUGCAAAAGACUGCGCUCUUUCCACCUUAAUCAAAAACUAUUUCAAGAAGACCAGGAAAACAAUGACCAAGAAUUAAAUGUUACGACCAACAGCAAUGCAACGGAAGAUGUGACACCUUGAUGGGCUCAUGCUGUCUUCAACUCUUUAAUCCCUUCCAGUGGCAAAGGAUUUUAGUAGUUGUUAUUCUCACCUCUGGUGCUGCUGGUGUUAUCAGCACACUUCAUUAAUACGUGGAAUACUUGAGGCAACGUUUUGGAAAUAAAACCUCAACCCUUUUAAAUCGGCAUCAUUCGUACAACAUGGACAAAGGUUCAGGUUGCUUUUCAUCACUAAAUCUUAAAUUGCUUACUCUCUUAGAGGGUAUAUCAGAAAACGGCAAAGACCAAGAACCUACCUGUUCUUUUUAAUAAGAACUUUAUUAAGAAUGCAAUGGUACUUCCUUUAAAUAGCAAAGCUGGUUUUGAAAUGGAACAUUGAUCCCAGAAUCAAACACUUUAGUGAAAAAGACCAAUCUAUGAAUUCCAUUCACAGUUACCGCUUUACAUUGUUUUAAUACUUCGAAUUUCUACAACCUUAUUACGUAUUUCAGCUAAAAUGUCCAAGAGAUGCUAAUUCAAAGUAAGAAUACAGUGUCAGUAGGUAAAAAGAUUUAUUUAUGCUGCAUCUUAAACAACUGCAUUCUGAUAAAUCCAAAAGACCGCAUACAAGUUGAAGCAAACAUAUUUACUACAAAGACACAUUCUCUCCUGACAAUGCUAUAGUUGAUGAUCAAUUUGUCAUCAGAAUGAAUGAAAUAAUAUUCUCAUCAUGGACAUAUUGAUAGCUCAUUAAUUAACAUUCUAAUAAUAAACAUAGUCUAAUUACAAAAAUAGGCUAGGCAUAAUUGAUACAAUUUAUUCUGGAUAUUUAAUAUUACAUAUUUUGGGGUCGUUGCGAAACAUCGGGUCCUUGUGCAUAAUCGACAUAAAUCCUGUAAAAGAAUAAUUAGGUUUUAAAAACAAAAUGUUUUUAUAAAUCAUCCAAAGGUAUGAGUAUUUUAUAAUAAUUACCCUUGCAAUGGGCUCUUCUAAUGGCUCUUCCCAUUUCUUUUUGUUUCUUUGUACAUAAGCCUAAGAAGCAAACAAAGUCAUUUCAAAAUACAUUUCAAAAAUACUAAUUGCUCAAUUUCAUUUGAGCCUUUGUUUUAAAAAAAUUAAAAUUAUUUUAAGUAACUUUUUUACUUUCUUAUUUUAGAAAGCAUGUACCCUAUUUUUUGGAGUAUAAGAUACACCUACCUUUUUUGGUGAGGAAAACAAGAAAAAGAAAUCUACCUCUGCUUUCCAGCAAUUUUGCCUUGUUGCAGCAAAUAGCCUGCUUUACUUUCAUUUUUGUUUUCAGCAUAGCUUGAUUAGCACAAGAAAAAAAAAAUCUGCUCCCAGCAAUUUACCUCCUUGCAGCAAGCAGCAGAGGCCCAUGCAAAACAGCUGAGAGUCAGGAGGCUGAUCCAAUCAACUUGUGCUAAUUAGGCUGUGCUGAAGCGAGCUGUUUUUUCUUGCUGCAAGGAGAUAACUUGCUGGGAGGCAGAGGCCAAAGGGUGGGGGCCAGUGGGUGGGCAGGGCUACAUUUGGUAUAUAAGACGCACCUAAAUUUUCACCCCCUUUUUUGGGGGGGGAGGUGCGUCUUAUACUCCGAAAAAUACAGUACUUGGGCCAGAAUAACUCAGAAUAAGUAUCAACGAUUUAAAAUUCUUAUGUUAAAAGUACUGAAUGGUAUUUCACAAUUUGGUCUGGAGAUGAGUAGAUAUAAUUCUGCUAAAAUUGUUUUUUGUACAUACCUGUUAUAUGACUACCAAGUAUGCGACCGGUGUAUGGUGAAAUAAACUGUGAUAAAAGCUGUUGGAGAAAUAAGUUGGUUCAGUCUUCAAAGCAGUAAAAAAAAAAAUUUAAAUAAAAUACUUUGGGUAGCAAA